AUGAUCCUGAGGUUCCAUUUUAGAGAAACUUACAGAGGAGAACUUACGGGACUGGGGGCUUUUGCAAGACUUCUAUCGUUUUGUGAAGAUCGAAGAACCCCUAACCUUUCUUCAUUGUGCACUCCCCGAAGAACGUUGCCGGCGCGCGCGAUACUUUUGUCGGCAAUCCCUCUUCCGACCCGUAACCCUCCUUUAAGUUUCUUCUCUCUUCUCUCGACACUCUCUCCCUCAAGCUCACUGUGGCUCACCUCUCUCACGGCUGGUCUCGCCGUCGACCCCUCUCUCUCUGGUUUCACGCUUCUCUCGCGCCCAUUUCAGACUCAAGCUCAUCGCUCUCUGUCACCACCGUCGCAAGCUCUGUCGCGCUCUGUCACCAUUGCAAGCUCGUCUUCUUGUGUCGGCCGUCAACGCUUCCUUCGUCGUGAGUUGGUCCUGGGUAGGUGUUCACUGCUAUGGCAUUCAUCUUGUUCACAGAAGAGAAUGUUGACAUUGCUGUUGUUGAGGAUAAAGGCUGCACCACAUACUCCCCUUAGGCUACGUGAUGAUCCUGAGACAGGUUCCAUUUUAGAGAAACUUACAGAGGAGAACUUACGGGACUGGGGGCUUUUGCAAGACUUCUAUCGUUUUGUGAAGACAAUAGAAAGUUCUGCCAAGGAAUUCUUUGGGCAAAGGUGGAACUCAUGCAAUUCAAGGAAUUCCUAAAAUAAUUUUGAUAAAUCUCUUGGAGAAGAGGUAAUUUUAUUUCUAUCAUGUCUACUGCUGCUUCCCUUGCAUGUGUUUCUUUUUGCAAUUCAUAUUUGAAUACUGCCAAAAAUGUGGUUGCAGAUAAGAGCUAGCCUAAAUGAGCAUUUUGGUUCCUGCAGGGAGAUCUCGAGGGUGUCAGUCCCAAAAGAUUUUGAUAGUGUUUAUUAUUAAUUUGACAGAGUGUGGCGUUGGCUUUGAUAUGAUAAUUAACUAAAAGUUUGAUUUCUUUAUCCAUUUAUUUAUUAUUAAUUUUUAUUAUUUAUAGCUUGAGAAUGAGGACAUGCUCUAUCUACUUUCUAUUGAUUUUUGGUUAUCACUGCUAGUAUUUAACAGGUUAUGGUGGUUGAUGCUGAGGCAUACACCUAUGAUGAUGAGGUCAUCAAGAAAGUUGAAGCAAUGGGGAAGCCCGAAAAUCCUGAAGAAGAAAGCUAAUGUGGAAACUACUAGAGCCAUAAAACAUCAUCAAGAAAGCUGAAGCAAUGGGGAAGCCCGAAAAUCCUGAAGAAGAAGCUACUGUGGAAACUACUAGAGCCAUAAAACAUCAUCAAGAAAGCUGAAGCAAUGGGGAAGCCCGAAAAUCCAGAAGAAGAAGCUACUGUGGAAACUACCAGAGCCAUAAAAGCUUCUCAGUUGUUGCUAAAUGCCAUUGAAAUCCUGAAGAAGAAGCUGGAUGCAUGCUGUACGUCUCUGAGCACAUAGUGGAGGCUGAUGAUUAGUUUGCUGAAUUGGGUCCACAUAUGUGAGGAGGUUGAUCAAAAUUAUUGUUAGAUAGGAUGGCAAAGUUAUUGGAAUUGUAAUUCAUGUAUUAGGAAUACAUUGCGUAUUUAUCAUUUUUAUUUUUGAUAUUUUGUCAUACUGUCAUGUGAUUAAACAUUUUUUUGGUGAAUGUUUAUGUAUGUUGGAUUAGUGGAU